GCGCGCAAGAUGUGUAGAUUUGCCACAACGCACUCGCUAUUCAUUCACUUCAAGGAUUUAAUCCCACUUCACAGAUCAUCAUUCACAACCCCUUCUAUCAUAUUAAACACUAUCACAAGAUGCCCGCUGCAGGACGUCACAUGACACCUGUUGAUUGCCCUGUCUGCCAGAAGGCUAUAAGUCGCAAGGCAGAUCUUCCUAGACACAUGCGUACGCAUGAUGAACAUAAGGAGGCUUUGUACGUGCUCGUACCUUAUCACUAUCCCAGAUGGUUCCUGACUUGUUUGCUGUUUUGAUCAGUAUGCACGCAUGCCCAUUCCCUAACUGUGGUUACAAGACCCUUCAGAAGUCCAAUCUGCAGACGCACAUGAGGACACACACUCGUGAACGCUCGAAGACGUGCCCUCACUCUGGGUGCGCGUUUGCCACCACCGAUCCAGGUAGCUUGACGCGUCACCGCAAGCAACUACAUGGCUACGAACCCAAAGCGCGUCGCAACCCCGGUGACAAAGCUGCCCGACGGUCCGCUGCGGCGCCUUACCCCUCUACUCAGUUUAUGAAGCCGGAGAUAGUGAUUCCUGCAUCGCUGGAUCUCAAUGACCUAACAUUUCCCAAGCUCGCAGGCCUCGUUCCUUGCGAUGCGCUUUCAUCCGCUGAGUCCAGCGACUCCGGGAUCCCCCAAUUCUCAGGCGAUUUCACUGAACUUCCCUGGGAGCGACUCUUUUCCGAUCUCCCUGCCGAGAGCUUCACCUCUGUCUACGAACAGCCCUCUCAGCUCCCCAUCCCCACCUCCAAAUACCUCCAACCCUCCACUGUCCCCGUCGAUCUCUCCACUCUCCAUAUGCCACAGUUCGACCUGGAGCUAUUCUCUGAUGUCAACUAUCAGCAGCCCAUUCCCGAUGUCAACUUUCAGUUCCAGCCUGUCUCCGGAAACGAUCUGAACAACUCCCUUCCAGCUGAGCUGGACGAGUUUCUGCAGAAAUAUGGCUCGGGGUACUUCGAAGGCCGCUGUGGAUACCAAGACAAUGCGACUUCUUCAAUAGCCCAGCCCUCGUCUACGAACGAAUACAACAUCUGUUGAAAUCUUCACUCUUAUCUUUCAUCUCAUUCUCAUAUUACCUUUGUACCACCAUCAUCAUCGGCAUCACAAUUUCAUUCGGAACUCGGCAUUAUCAUUAUUGGACAUUUAUACCACACUACUUGCAUCUUUUAUACAUCUUCAUCUACACUUUUGGCAUUGCGACCUUCAACAUGUAAAUUGCACUAUUUAUAUUAGUAAACGAAUCUCAUGACUAUGGAUUGAUCACUUC